GUACAUGUGACGGCAGAAAAGAAAAAAAGAGAAAGAACUUUUAAAAAGAAAAAAAUUACAGCCCAUAACUUAAUCAUUACACCAUCAAAUCAUUACUUUUCCCAAAUCCUACAAUUCUUUAUUGUUUUGGCGGUAAAAAUGUCGCCAUUUUUUCUUCUUCUUCUUCUAUAUUUAGAAACCUCUAAACUGAAUCUGCCAAGUCUUUCCUUCGAAAAAAGUGGGGUAUUUGCAAUCAGAUUCAUCAGAUUCUCACUUUCUUCAGGAUGGAGAACUUUCUUCAGAUUCUUCAUCUGCAAAUCAGGUCCAUCUUCCUUGCUUUUUAAGUUGACUUUUUUCUUCAUUUGCACUUCUUCAAUGUCUUCUUCCACCAUCUUGCUCCCUUCACCUCCUGUCAUAGAAACACAAACACAGCCCGAAGUGGAAAUUGAAAAUCAGUGAAAUGCAGAAAAUCAACGGGUUAAUAAUAAGUGCACACACAAACUGUGUGAUGAAACUAGGGCUUUAAUCAUACAAACCCUUCUCCAAAACUUGAAGAAGGGGAAACCGGGUAGGGGUGUGAUGAAACAACUUGCUGAGCAAUACCAAAUCAAUCCAAAAACAGUUCAAAGAUUGUGGGCAGAAGCUAAACAACAAAUGAAAGAUGGCAUAAGUGUACGGGUCAUUGGUCGAAUGAAGGGAAAGUCUUGUGGGAAAGCAGGUCUCAGUUUACCCGUGGAUAAGGUUUGAGCUGUGUCCCCCAGUAAAAGAAGAACCAUUAGGGCAUUGGCAAAGGCAGUUUCAAUGUCAAAGACUAGCAUACACCGAUUGGUUAAUCGAGGAAAACUCAAGGCUCACACAAAUCCAAUCAAGCCUCACUUGACAUAAGAUAAUAAAGUAAGGAGAUUAAAUUUCUGCCUGAGUAAGCUGCAACAAAACACUUUGCAGACAACCCCACAAUUUCAUGACUUUUAUGAGUAUGUGCAUGUGGAUGAGAAAUGGUUUGAAAUGACUCAAGCUACACAGAGAAUGUACUUGCAUGCAGAAGAAGAAAGUAAUCUACAUAGGAAUAUUCAAUCCAAAAAACAUAUCACAAAAGUUAUGUUCUUGGCUGCAUCAGCCAGGCCAAGAUUUGAUGAAGAUGGUGAGGUCUUAUUUGAUGGAAAAAUUGGAAUUUUCCCAUUCAUAUUCACAGAACCUGCACAAAGGAAUAGCAGAAAUAGACCAAGGGGCACAUUGGUUACCAAACCAGUACCAAUAGUGAACAAAGAUGUGUACAGGAGCUUUUUGAUCAACAAAGUCAUUCCUGCAAUUAAGGAAAAGUGGCCUACUGAUUCCAACAAAAGGGUCAUCAUUCAACAAGACAAUUCCAAGCCACACAUUGCAUGUAAUGAUCCUUUAUUUCUCCAAGUAGCCCAGGCUGAUGGUUUUGACAUAUCAUUAACAUUUCAACCACCAAACAGUCCAGAUCUAAAUGUGUUAGACCUUGGCUAUUUUAGAGCAAUUCAGUCACUACAACAAGACCACAAAUGCAAAACUAUAGAUGACCUUGUUCAUGUUGUGACAAAGUCUUACAAUGAGUUUGAACCUAUGCGCUCCAACUUUGUGUGGCUAAGUCUGCAAUAUUGUAUGGGAGAGGUCAUCAAAAAGUUAGGUUGUAAUGCGUAUAAGAUUCCACAUGUAGGGAAGUACUCCCUUCUAAGGAGUGGUAACUUACCCAUUUAUGUUUCCCUAGAUCAUGCAGGGGUCAGAAUAGCACAACAACAUUUAAGUCUUCAUAAUUUUGAUUGGAGACAGUUCAUUAAUGAAGAUGUUGAAGCCCACCUUCAAUAGUGAACUGUUUCUUUUGAAUGGUUUGGUGAAGUGUAGUCACCAUAUAAAUGCACCUAGUCAAGGCAUAUUUUUGUAUAGGGUAUAAUGUCUCGAAUGUAUUUUUUGAAUGGUUUGGUGAAGUGUAGUCACCAUAUAAAUGCACCUAGUCAAGGCAUAUUUUUGUAUAGGGUAUAAUGCCUCGGAUGUAUUUUUUGAAUGGUUUGGUGAAGUGUAGUCACCAUAUAAAUGCACCUAGUCAAGGCAUAUUUUUGUAUAGGGUAUAAUGCCUCGGAUGUAUUUUUUGAAUGGUUUGGUGAAGUGUAGUCACCAUAUAAAUGCACCUAGUCAAGGCAUAUUUUUGUGUAGGGUAUAAUGCCUUGGAUGUAUUUUUGGCGUGUAAGGAAGUGUAGAAUCUGUUUUGAAUCUGGUAAGGUGAAGUGUAUAAUCUGUUUUUAAUGUCAAAAGAUGAAGUGUAGAAUCUGUUUUGGAUUCGGAAUGUCAAGUGUAUAAUCUGUUUUUAAAUUCAAAAGAUGAAAUGUAGAAUCUGUUUUGAAUUUGUUUUGAAGAUCAAGUGUAAAUUCUGUUUUGAAAUUGGAAAGAUGAAGUUUAGAAUCUGUUUUUAAAUUCAAAAGAUGAAGUGUAUAAAGAAUUUAAAACUAAUAAAAGCUCAAGAUGUAU